AGAGGCUCUGAUAUUACCCAUGAGUCCUUUGGUGUGACCUGCCUGUGGCCUUGGAGUGUACCGUGUAGCUGUUGCUGCCUGAUCUGAGGAUUUUAGCCGUUUUACAGAGCCACAAUGCUGAAAUGUAGGACCGUGUGGAAGAAGCUUUCACCGCUUUGCAGAGCUUCAUCCUCUCUCUGUCGGCAGAAUGUCAGGCGAGCUGGGUUGAACAAUGGGAAACUACCUGCAGUGGUACCUGCAGCUCGCAUGUCUUCUGGACCUCUAGGGGGCAACAGGGAGAUGCAACUGUAUGUUCUGUUUGCUGGAGUUGCUUCUGUUGGUAUUAUAAUAUAUACUGUCAGAAGACUGAAACAUGACCAGAAGAAAGACGAAGAGUAUUUAAAACAAUUCUCAUCCAGCGCUUAUACAAAGGCCACAUCCAUCCAAAAAAAGGCAGCUGAUGUCCUUGAGCAAGAACCUAAAGCAGAACAAUCGGUAGAUGAGGGAAGCCCUGCGGCCCCCGCUGCCGAAGAAGCGGCCCCCGCUGCCGAAGAAGCGGCCCCCGCUGCCGAAGAAGCGGCCCCCGCUGCCGAAGAAGCGGCCCCCGCUGCCGAAGAAGCGGCCCCCGCUGCCGAAGAAGCGGCCCCCACUAAAACAUCUGAACAUGCCUCAGGAGCGGACUCUGCGCUUGAACCUGUCACAUUCCCGUCACACGCCCCCUACCUCCUUAUCGGCGGAGGCACUGCCUCCUUUGCUGCAGCUCGGUCUAUUCGAGCCAAAGACCCUGGAGCCAAGGUCUUGAUUGUGACUGAAGAGCCAGACCUGCCGUACAUGAGACCGCCCCUGUCAAAAGAGCUGUGGUUUUCUGAUGACCCCACUGUGACUGAGACGCUGCGCUUCAAGCAGUGGAAUGGAAAAGAAAGAAGUAUCUACUUCCAGCCUCCAUCAUUCUACAUUAAACCAGAAGAAUUGCCUCAAGCAGAAAAUGGAGGUGUGGCUGUUCUCACUGGAAAAAGGGUCGUUCACAUGGAUGUGAGAGGAAACAAAGUAAAACUGAAUGAUGAUACUGAGAUUUCAUACGACAAGUGUUUGAUUGCCACAGGCGGAGUGCCAAGAAAUCUGCCAGUACUUGAACGAGCAGGGGAGGAGGUGAUGAAGAGGACAACGUUGUUCCGCAAGAUUGAAGACUUUAAGUCAUUAGACAAAGUCUCCAGAAAUGUGAAUUCCAUCACUAUAAUUGGAGGGGGUUUCUUGGGCAGUGAGCUGGCUUGUGCGCUCGGCAGGAGAUCGGCUGACUCUGGCCUGGAGGUGGUACAGCUGUUCCCAGAGAAAGGCAACAUGGGAAAAGUGCUUCCUGAGUACCUGAGUAACUGGACAACAGAAAAAGUUAAAAAAGAGGGUGUAAAAGUGAUCACAGAAGCUUUGGUGAAAUCUGUGACCUGCAAGGAUAAUAAAUUAGAAAUCCAUCUAAAAGAUGGCCGGACGGUGAAAACUGAUCAUAUUGUUGCAGCUGUUGGCUUGGAGCCUAGCACUGACCUCGCUAAGUCUGCAGGUCUGGAGGUAGACUCUGAUUUUGGCGGUUAUCGGGUCAAUGCAGAGCUGCAGGCUCGCGGUAAUAUUUGGGUGGCGGGGGACGCUGCCUGUUUCUACGACAUCAGACUCGGCCGCAGGCGAGUGGAGCACCAUGACCACGCUGUUGUGAGCGGCAGACUAGCAGGAGAGAACAUGACUGGAGCAAGCAAACCUUACUGGCACCAGUCUAUGUUCUGGAGUGACCUUGGUCCAGAUGUUGGCUAUGAGGCAAUCGGGAUCGUUGACAGCAGCCUGCCGACAGUAGGGGUCUUUGCCAAAGCCACUGCCAAGGACACACCUAAAGCAGCUACACAGAAGUCUGGAACUGGGAUCCGGUCAGAAAGUGAAACGGAAGAUGUAGCCACAAGUCCAGUGGCCUCUCAGGCAACUUCUCCCAGUGUGGAAGAGCCCAAAGACGACUAUGGCAAAGGAGUCAUUUUCUACCUGAGAAACAAGGUGGUGGUCGGCAUCAUCCUGUGGAACGUGUUCAACAGGAUGCCCAUCGCUAGAAAGAUUAUAAAGGACGGCGAGGAACACGCAGAUCUAAAUGAGGUGGCCAAAUUGUUCAACAUCCAUGAGGACUAAGACGAGGGCGGAGGCUCUGCUCAUGCUGUCUGUUGGGAACUUUGACACUUAUUGACGCACAUUAAAAGACACAACCUAUGGUGAUACAUAAGGGUGGGAGAAUCUCUGUAAAUUGUCAUGUUGAAAUAUUUUAAUAUUUGUAUCUGACUUCUUUUUUUUUUUUUUUUUUGUAAUACUGGCUUGUCUGCUUUCCCCAAAUGUUUAAAAUGUGCAAGGUGUGAUUCUUUCCCCCCACCAAACGGAUUACUGCAGUUCUCUGUGAUCACAGCAGCUCAACAUGCACAAAGCUACAAUAAAAUUUAUUUUUCAAUCAGA